UCAUGUCAGUGGGUUAGCAUUUCUCUGCGGCCUUCUGGGAGGAACGCUUAAGGUCAUCGUACAUUCAUUUCUCCUCACAGCUCCCACGCCCAGUUUUGUGCAAGUGUGCUGAAUGUAAAUGUCUGCGUAUGUCUCUCUCCAAGUUGGCUCAAGGAAAAGUGUCUAUCGGCAGCCGUUCAGAGGUAGAGCCAGCUGGCUUUCAGUUCCCACAACAGCUGAGAGAAGAGGGACUAAUGGCGAGAUUCAUCAGCAUUGCUCACAUUACUAACCUAUUACCAGAGCUCACACUGAUCCCAUUCUAUCCUGCCCGACUUGGCAUCUCAACACCUCAGUUUGGUUCUCACAUUAUUCAUAUAAUCCCCCCCCGACAGGCCUCAUCAAGCCUAUUCAGUCAGGGCCUCUAAUGAUAGCCUGUAAGCAGCUCAACUCCGACCCCUUGAAUUGUGGGCUGAUAAUGUAGCGCAUAUCUGAAUUGAGAACAAGUUGAACUAUGACCUAAUUUGCAAAGAGAAUAAUACAUUGUCUAGCAGAAUCAGUCAACCACCUUAAUUUUAGAUUCAGUAGAGAUGUAGCGAGCCAGUCAUAUACAUGUCAGUAUGAUUUACAAGUUGUGUUGUCCUACUGUUUUUAUCCUUUUAACAAUUUUAAUUCUGUUCAUCUAUGCCCGACCUCUGACCCCUUGCCCCAUCAAUAAAAGGCCAAACCCAUCCAUAACCUCGAUGACAUCAUGCAGGGAGACGAGCCUGUGGAACCAAAGAAACGCCCCAAGAAAGAUCGCAAAGGCAAAAAGAACAAGAAAAAGAGAGAUAAGAAAGGCAAAAAAGAAUCUCGUAAGAAGAAAAAGGAGGCCGAAGCUCUUGAAGAAGGUUUCCUUGAGGUGUCCUCUAAGCUGCCAGAGUAUUUGGCUCAGGAACCUCAUCGAGGAACUUCACCAGCUGCGACGGAGCAGCCCGAGUCACCAGUACAAUCAUCUCCAACAACAACGGUCGAUCUGAUGGACUCCAUACCCGACAUGCCCACUCAUGAACCUGACACCUAUCAGGACGAACUCGCCAAAGCCACUACAAAGCCUGUGACAGAUCUUGAAGACCAGUCUGUAUUGACAACGGCGGUUUCUGAAUCCUCAAAGAUGGAGGUGGAGAUAGAGAGGCCGAUUAAAACACCAGAGGUUGAGGAGUUUAGUGAUGACCUUUAUGCCGAUGAACACAAUGAGCUCUUGGUCUCCACAGUGACAGUUGGCCCCAAUAUCACAGACUAUGAGAUCUUGGAGUAUGAGUUUAAAAAUGACUCAAACAGCUUUGAACAGGAAUAUGAGGAAUAUGAGGUUUAUGAGGACCGAUUUGACCCCGCGCAGAGGGAGAAGCCACACACAUGGGAUGGAGAGGGCAGGCGAUUUGAGAAAGGACAGAAGGGAGAGCCAGCUGUUGUUGAACCAGGCACAUAUUUUCAAGGACCUCCUGGCCCACCAGGACCACAAGGUCUUCCAGGAAUUCCUGGCAUCACAGGCCCCCCGGGACCCAGUGGAGACCCAGGUGAUAUGGUGAGUGUCCUCAUAAUCAGCAGACCCACAUGA